UAUUUCUUACCUCUUAACCAACAAAAAAAAAGAAGAGAAAAGCUUACUAUUCUAAGUUUCUCUAGUGUGUCUGUCACUGUAGCUUCAGCCGUCCGUUGCGGCAACCACCGUUCACGGCUGUCAGUAAGCGUAGAAACUUCCCAAAUUUGACAACAACAUUCCUUUUGAACUUGUAAACCCCAAAAUCAGCUUAGAUUUUUCAAAAUCAACACCGAAAGCUCUAAAUCUAAGCCCGAAUCCUGCGGUUUCUAACACUUUAACCGCCACAUUCUGCCGUUAGAUGGUCACCGGAUUUAAGACGAAUUUCCCUUCGGUCUUCCUCGAGGUGAAUUAAUUCGGUCACUGAUUUUGAACGGCGCUGAAAAGGUUUUGCUUGGCGGUUUCUGGUGGCUGAAAAUUUUGACUUUGACUUUGGGUUUUGGUCAAUGAAGGUUUUGAUGGAAAUUUAGGGUUUGGAAGUUGCUUUCCAUCAUGAGCAUCUCAGUUUGGUGGUGGUUAUUGCUCAGUUACUGGUGCUGAAGCUCUUUUUUAUCAAGUAUUCUAUUUUGGGAACCGGGCCUUGCACCCUUGUUUUGAGUUAUAUUGAAGUUGGCUACAUUUGUUACUUGGAAACACAGAAGGGGCAAAUUGGGGUUAAAUUAUGGGGCAAGUUAGCUGUUUACUUACUGGAUUGCUGGAGAGAUUGCUGUGAUUGUUUGGGAAGUGUAGAUUAGGGCAGGAGAGAUGCCUCCUUCUCCAGCAUUAAGAUACUCUCCAGGGAGGGAGCUGAGAGGGGAAAACCACAAAAGAUGGCGUAGUUUGGAGAGUGGGCUGAAUGUACAAGAAAAAGAUGAUGACCUUGCUUUGUUCAAUGAAAUGCAGUCCAAAGAAAGGGAGAAUUUUUUGCUUCAGUCAUCAGAUGAUGCAGAGGACUCAUUUUCUACAAAACUGAAAUAUUUUUCAGAUUUCAAGCUUGGAAUUUCCGUUCCUGUUCGAGGGGAGACUAGUGAACUCCUUGAUGCAGAUGAAGAGAAAAAUGAUUAUGAAUGGUUAUUAACUCCACCUGACACCCCUCUUUUUCCUUCGUUGGAUGAUGAGCCACCACCAGCUAAUGUUGCCCGCAGUGGUAGACCCCGUACUCAACCCAUUUCCAUAUCAAGAUCAUCCACGAUGGACAAAAGCUACAGAAGCAGUAGGGGCAGCGCGAGUCCAAAUCGUUUAAGUCCAUCGCCUCGGUCUGGGAGUAGCACACUCCAAUCUAGAGGAAGGCCAUCUUCAGCACCUCAGUCCAGUCCAAUACGGCAAGCUACUCCGACUCGGAGACCAUCUCCUUCCCCUAGUAAAAGUUCAACGCCUGCUCGAAGGUCUUCUACUCCUACUCCUCAAAGGACAAGCACAGGGGGAAGGGGAACUUCCCCUAUAAGGACAAAUAGGGGAAACUCUACAUCACCAAAAAUAAGGGCAUGGCAGGCAAACAUUCCAGGUUUCUCCUUAGAUGCACCGCCUAAUCUUCGUACUUCUCUGGCUGAUCGACCAGCAUCAUAUGUGAGGGGUUCCUCACCUGCAUCUAGAAAUGGGAGGGAUGCAAGAUUUGGCAGGAAAUCGAUGUCCCCGACUGCCUCUAGAAGUGCCAGUUCAUCUCAUAGUCAUGAUAGAGACCAAUUUAGUUUGUACAGUAAAGGGUCUGUAGCAUCUUCUGGUGAUGAUGAUGUAGACCCUAUACAUUCUAUUCCUCUUGGUGGAUCAACCCAUUCUGUUUCAAGGAGGGUUGGUGCAUUCCCAAGCAACAAGGGGCCAACCUUUAACAGGAAAUCAGCUAGAGUGUUGUCGCCAAGUUCUGCUCCAAAACGUUCCUUUGACUCUGCUCUUCGUCAAAUGGAUCAUCGGAAGAGCCCUCCAAAUAUGUUCAGGCCUCUAUUAUCUAGUGUUCCAAGUACUGGUUUUUAUGCUGGGAAGGUAAGUUCUGUACAUCGUUCGUUGAUGUCAAGGAACUCAUCUUUGACUACCAGCAGUAAUGCAAAUUCUGAUCAAGGUACAAGUGCUGUGCUUGAUAUUGAAGGAAGUGACCAUCAACAUGAUGACAUGGCAAGUGAAUCUGGAAAGGGACCUUACGGCAAUGUUCUAGAAGAGGUUUUUGCCUUCGAUAAGAUGGAUGUAAUAAACCAGGAUGCUAGUUAUGAAAGGCGUAAUGACUCGCUUAAUAGUCUUAUUGAAGAUGCUGAUAGAGACUCCGCGAUCCGAUGUGACCCUGACCACUCUGAGGAGUUAGGUCACCGUAGUCUUGAAGUGGAAAUGAGUUCAAAUUCUGAUGCUCUAUGUGACAGGGGUGAUCUUUCAGAAGUGUAUAGUUUCGAAAACACAAAAAUUUGUUCUAAAUGUGGUUGUAGGUAUCGUGUUAUUGAACAGGUUGAAGAAGAAAUCAGUCUUUGCACAGAUUGCAGUAGGCAACAUGAUAUUGUCUCUGGCGACAUUUCUGAUGCAGAGAACUGUCCAGGGUUGUCUAUGAAAAUUACUGAAGAGGAUAAACCCUUUCCUGAAUUGGAAACCUCAAUUCCUCCAUCUGAUUCUCUAUCACAAGUUACUGAUGCAGUUGAACCCUGGAUUUCUCAGCAUGAAAAAAAUAUCAAACUAAGUGAAAAUUUCAGUCAAGAAAAUUCUAUUGGAGGUUCUCUAACGGACAGAGGUGAGCAGAGGCUUGGUUAUCAGCAAGAGAUGGCUCAAUCAACUGUUGAUCAUUCUAUACUUGAUAGGGAGACUGGAGGUCAGCAGUUGAGUUACUCUGAUGAACAUUCCAGUUUGAAGGUUAACACAUCAGAAGUUGUAGGUAUUUCUGUGCUGUUAAAGAGGUCAGGCAGCAGCAAGGGGCCUGUUGUUCUAGGCAGGACCUUUGCUACCAUACCAUCUGAAGAUCUUUCUUAUGCAAGAGACAGUUCUAACAGUUUCAGAAGCUCUGUUGGACAUGGGAGUGUAUCUGCAUCAUCCUCUACUGAAUUCAGCUCAUCUAGGCAAACAGAUGCGCGUGUACAAUUAAAUGGUAGAAAAUCUGAGUUGGAUAAUUACAGAUAUGACUUGAAUGCAAAGCCUCAAAGCUUUACUUUGUCUCAAAGUUCAAGCAAUAAUUACCAAGCUUUAAGUCUUGCAUCUAGCACAAAUGAUGAAAAUUUUGAGGGUUCUAUUCGUAAUCUGAAAUUUGAGGAAGCAGAGGAAACAGUUGUAGUUUCUCUAGCCAAAACUUCAGAAAAUUUAGAAGCAGAUCUGUCAUUAACUACUGCUGCUGCUCCCAAGAACGAUUGUAUCGAGUGGAACAAAAGUAGUACAGUAAUUGAUACUUUAACCUCUGAGCUAUUAGAGGACAAUUCAGCAGCACCACUUCCUCCCAAUGAAGAUUGUGUUUCAUAUGAAAAUGGAGAUAGCUUGCCUAGUAACUCCAGGAUUGCCUCAAGUGUUGAAGCAUUAGCUACCACUCUUGAAGAACAUGGUAUGCGAAAUGAUAUUCCUGAUGGAGUAGAUGCUGCUGAGGCUGCUGGCCACAACUCUUUGACUACAAUCUCAGAAAUAGAAAUCGACAAUUCCUGCCAGAGUUCCUGCAGUUCAGAACUUGAUGGCUUGUCUCCAAAUUCUGAGAGGAAAAAGAAGAGAUCCGAGGACCUGUCAGUUGCUAUACCUUUAGAUGUGGAUAUUACUGCUGUUGAGGAGCGUAAUAUGUCAGAUCACACAGAUGGUGUUUUAGAGGAAUCGACUGUCUUGGUAGAAUGCCGUGGAGGAAGUAAGGGCAGAAGCCUGACACUUGAAGAAGCAACAGACACAAUACUAUUCUGCAGUUCCAUUAUCCAUGAUCUUGCCUACCAGGCUGCAACCAUUGCCAUUGAAAAGGAAAGUUCAGUGCCAUUGGAAGGUUCCAGGCCAACUGUGACAAUCUUGGGGAAUUCCACUUCUGACAGGAAAGACCUACGGGGGCGAACUGUUGGUAGAUGGACUUCAAAAUCUCAUAAGGUCAGGCAGAGGCGGGUAGAAACUGAUGUAAAAUCUGUGCCUACCAAGGCUGUAAAUGAUGAGAAUGCCUACGAACCUUCAAUUCACAAUGUUGGUAUUCCUAAUAAGAUGGACAGUAUGAACCCUCCAAAGCUAGAAUCCAAGUGUAACUGCUCAAUAAUGUGAGACUGAACAAACUGGGCUUCACCAGCCUCCUCAUGACUUCGGUGCUACUCCUCCAGGCAGACUCCAUUCUUAUUUGGAGAGAUUGGCAAGUGAUUUGUAUUUUAAAAUGAUUUUGUGGUUGAAUUUGUUGGCAAUGGGUUGUCUUUGGUUUCAAUUUAUUUGUAAGAAACGCCACCUGAUGUUGGUGGUGACAUAAAUUGUAAAGUUGUUUAGGUUGAUAUUAGUAAAAGGCAGUGUGGGGGGCGUGGGGGCAUUUGUGUUUUUGCUCCGUUCACCAAAUUCUUUGUUAGUUAAUACUGUUUGUUUUGGGUCCUGUUCUUGGUUGGAGAAAGUAUGAAUUAAGACCCUCCCCCCUCAUUCUUAUUCAAUUAUUAUGACUAUUGAAAAUAAUAUUAGCUCAAUUUGGUUA